AUGAUCUCUGCUGGAACUGAUGCGACGAGAAUUAUAUGCGAGUGGAUGCUGGCUGCGAUGAUGGAGAAUCCCCGAGUCAUGAGAAAGGCUCAAGAGGAGCUCCAACAAGUUGUGGGAGACUCUAGGAUGGUCCAAGAGUCCGAUCUUCCAAAGCUCGAGUAUUUCCAAAUGAUCAUCAAGGAAACGUUCCGCCGAUAUCCUGCCGGUAUACUCUUGAGCCCCCGCAUUGCGAGCCAAGACACCAAGAUUGGAGGCUACGAUAUCCCCAAAGGAACAACGCUACUCCUACAUGCAUGGGCUCUGGGAAUGGAUCCCAGCGUGUGGGAGAACCCCACCGAGUUUCUCCCAGAGCGCUUCGUGGGCUCUACUGACGUUAAAGGCGUCCAGGAUUUUAAUCUCCUCCCGUUUGGCUGUGGACGUCGGAAGUGCCCUGGGAUGCCACUGGGAUUGAGAACAGUACACUUUCUAGUGGCAAACCUUGUGCAUGGUUUUGACUGGAGCUACGUUCCAGGGACAGUGCCAUCCAUGGAAGAAACUCCCACUGGAGCUUGUCAGCUUAAAACCCCUCUAGAGGCCGUGGCCACUAUGCGUCUGCCUAAACAUGCAUAUACCCUUGUCUAA